AUGGCGGAACAGCCACCUCCUCAAGACAGUAACCAGAUGCAUGUGUCAGCGUCAUCACCACAAGAGAACGAGAAGAAGGAUGUCGAUGGCGACAUUGCAGCAUCAAAAGAAGACACCAAGCAGCAACUUCAAAAUCCAAAAGAAGGCAUUGACAUUGACCUCAACGCUGAAUCCCUCGACCUAAACGAAACCAAACCGGCACCAGUCCCAGCUGCAGACAAAGCUACGACCUCAGAAGAAUAUCCAGGCUGGCCUAUGGAGUUGGGCAAGAUCGAUCCAACACAGUUAGCAAGUUUGGGUAAGAGGAUAGACGAGGACGAGGACGAGGAAGAUUAUGACGAAGAGGGCUAA